AUGCCGGAAAAACUUGAUAAAAUUGGAUUACCACCAAAAGAAAAAUGUUAUAGCACAUUAAACGACUCGAAUGUCUCUGAUGAGGAUUAUGCACAUGCGCAAAAUGUUUGGACUGAGUUUGAUUGUCAAAAUUUGGGUGAUUAUGUGUACCUGUAUAUGCAAACCGAUAUUUUGUUACUCGCGGACAUUUUUGAAAAUUUUAGAAAUCAAUGUUUAAUCGCGUACGGUCUCGAUCCAGCCCAUUACUACACGACACCUGGAUUGACAUGGGAUGCCAUGUUAAAGUAUACGAAAAUAAGAUUGGAGCUCCUUACUGACAUCGAUAUGGUAAUGUUUGUCGAACGUGGAAUUAGAGGUGGAGUAAGUCAAUGCACCAAUCGGUACGCUAAAGCUAAUAAUUCUUAUAUGGAGGAAUAUAAUGAAAGUGAGGGGACAUCUCAUAUCGUAUACUUUGAUGCUAAUAACCUCUACGGUUGGGCAAUGAUCCAGUCAAUUCCCUAUGGUGGCUUCGAGUGGAUAGAAAAUUUUGACAAUAGCUUUGAUUUCAACGUCUCUGAUGACGAGGUGAUUGGCUAUAUUUUAGAAGUUGAUUUGGAUUACCCCGAUAAUUUGCAUGAUAAGCAUAGUGAUUUUCCGUUUUGCCCUGAACGCUCGAAGCCACCUGGAUCUAAAGAGGAAAAGCUCCUAACUACCCUCCUAUCAAAGAGAAAGCACGUUCUCCAUUAUCGCGCGUUAAAACAAGCUUUGGCGAAUGGUCUUGUAUCAGUAAAAAUUCAUCGUGUAUUGAAAUUUAAACAAUCCACGUGGUUAAAAUCAUAUAUUGAUUUUAAUACAACUGGAAGAACAAGUGCAAGCAAUGAAUUUGAAAAGAAUUUAUUUAAAUUAAUGAACAACGCGGUAUUUGGUAAGACAAUGGAGAACGUGCGAAAACAUGUCGAUAUUAAACUCGUUACAAAGUGGGAGGGUAGAUAUGGAGCUGAAGCUUUAAUCGCGAAACCUAACUUCCACAGCAGAACCAUUUUUAAUCCGAAUUUGGUUGCCGUGGAACUUAGAAAAAUGGAGGUAAACAAGCCACUUUAUGUGGGUUUAACAGUCUUGGAUGUUUCAAAAACUCUCAUCUACGAAAUCAGAUGCUCCGUCAUUUAUGCAGACAUGAAAGCAGAUAUUGAUAAAUUCGAUACGUCAGAUUAUCCGGUUAAUAACGUGUACGGUAUUCCGCAAGCCAACAAAAAAGUUUUAGGAUUAAUGAAAGAUGAGUGCAGUGGAAAAAUCGUGACUGAAUUUGUUGGCUUGCGGAGCAAGAUGUAG